CCUUGUCUCUCUACCGCGAUGACGACUUCACUUGCUCAGGCGCACCUCUCUGUCCUGCGCACCGCGCUGCAACAACCAUGCCCACCGUGGACGUCUGGCAUCGUCAAUGUCCGCCGUGAAGAUUUGACGCUGUUCUAUGGGGACGAACGACCGGCCAAACUGAACUUCGCGGACGCAACGGAGGAGCAGCUGCAGGGCCUGGCUGGUGCAUGUCAACCAGCAACGUUCGGGCUGGGGACGGAGGACGUGCUUGACGAGGGGUACCGCAAGGCGGGGAAGCUCGACUGCAGUGACUUUGCUGCGGCGCUCGAUAUCGGGAGCCUGGAGAUUCUGGAUGCGGUUGUGCCGGACUUGUGGGAGGGUGCAGCCAUAAGAGCGGAGUUGUACAAGCUGAAUGUCUAUGGCCCUGGCUCGUUUUUCAAAUCACACAAGGACACACCCCGCAGCGGAAAUAUGGUGGGCUCGCUCGUUCUUGUCCUCCCCACGCAGCACCAAGGCGGGCAACUCAGCCUCUCCCACGGCCCGCAUUCCUCCGCAUUCGACUCUGCGACACUCCUUGCUGGUAAACACAGCUCAAUCGCAUACGUCGCUCUCUUCAGCGAUGUUACCCAUGCGGUGGAACCCGUCGUCUCCGGCUUCCGGGUCACGCUCACAUACAAUCUGUUUGUUUCCGGGUCGAAAUCCUUGCCCCCAAGGCAGCCAUCCGAGGCUGAAGUCGUCUGCCAGCGUGCAUUGACAGCACUGCUUGCUGACGCUGCUUUCCUGCCUCGAGGCGGUCUCCUUGGUUUUGGGCUCGAGCACGAGUACCCCGUUCCACGCACUGUCUCGGAUCCAAAUACCCUUUCCCAAGUCCGUCGUGUGCUCAAAGGGGCCGAUGCACGUAUUGAGCGGGCGGCAUCCCGCGCCGGGCUGAAGACAGAGCUUAAGCUGGCGUAUACCACCAAAGGCGACGAGUACUACGACAGCGGCAAAGGCGUGCGGAUUGCGCUGGACAGUGUUGUCGACCUCCGCGACAUCGACUCUGCUGGGAGUGGGGAAAUUGACGAAGUGAUCAGGCGGGCAGGACAGGCGGUAGUGCGUACGACCGCAGGAGGGAAGCAGGCGUGGACAAAGCUGUACGAGGAGGAGCAGCUGGUGUCGGUGUGUUGGGUCACGGAGCCAGAAGAGGAGAAGAAUAGGGCCGAGUCUGCAUAUAUUGCCAUGGGGAACGAGCCAGUGCUGGAGUAUGCCUAUGGGCGGGCAGUGCUUUUGGUAGAGAUACCACGUGUGGAAGGGCGAGUGUAG